AUCCACUUCCUCUCUCAUGCCUUUCUUUCCCCUCCACCUCCUACCUUUCUUUCUAGCCUAGUGUCUCCGGCUCACAUGGAGCUCUUUCCCCCCGACUCCACCGUGUCUAGCAGGAGGCCUGGCUAAUGCUCACCAUCCCACACAGAACCCUGCCUGCCACAGCUGGAGCUCUUCCUAGAAGGGGUAAUGCUGAUGGAUCACUUCAGGACCAUGUGAACAUCUGCGUCUGGACUACACUCAUGCAAAGGGGUGACAGUGGGCAUCUGACGUGCCAGGUCCCCUACCUCAUUCCCCACGAAUGCUAUGGGAAGUCCCAAGGGGCAAGAGCUCCAAAAUAUGGGGAGAGGAGCCUGGGACAACCCUGCCUACAGUGGUCCCCGGUCCCCACAUGGGACACUGAGGAUCUGCACCAUCUCCAGUGUGAUGUCCCCUGAAUCCCAGCCCAAAAAGCCUGAAGAUGGACCCCAAAAGAAGGCGUACAGGACCCUGGUGUCCAACUGCUGCUUCCAGAUCUGGCGUGGCAUCAGAGGACUUUGGGGAACAACCCUGACUGAGAACACAGCUGAAAACCGGGAGCUGUAUGUCAAGACCACCCUGCGGGAGCUUUUAGUAUACAUCGUAUUCCUGGUGGACAUCUGUCUCUUGACCUACGGAAUGACAAGCUCCAGUGCCUAUUAUUACACCAAAGUGAUGUCUGAGCUCUUCUUACAUACCCCGUCAGACACCGGAGUCUCCUUCCAGGCCAUCAGCAGCAUGGCGGACUUCUGGGACUUUGCCCAGGGCCCACUACUGGACAGUUUGUACUGGACCAAAUGGUACAACAACCAGAGCCUGGGCCAUGGCUCCCACUCCUUCAUCUACUAUGAGAACCUGCUGCUGGGGGUUCCAAGGCUACGGCAGCUGAGGGUCCGCAAUGACUCCUGCGUGGUGCAUGAAGACUUCCGUGAGGACAUUUUGAGCUGCUAUGACAUCUACUCUCCAGACAAAGAAGAACAGCUCCCCUUUGGGCCUCUCAAUGGCACAGCGUGGACAUACCACUCGCAGGAUGAGCUGGGGGGCUCCUCUCACUGGGGCCGGCUGACAAGCUACAGUGGAGGUGGCUACUAUCUGGACCUUCCAGGGUCCCGACAGGCCAGUGCAGAGGCACUCCAGGACCUUCAGGAGGGCCUGUGGCUAGACAGGGGCACUCGGGUGGUCUUCAUUGACUUCUCAGUCUACAAUGCCAACAUCAACCUUUUCUGUGUUCUGAGACUGGUGGUGGAGUUUCCAGCUACAGGAGGUGCCAUCCCAUCUUGGCAAAUCCGCACAGUUAAGCUGAUCCGCUAUGUCAGUAACUGGGACUUCUUUAUCAUUGUCUGUGAAAUCAUCUUCUGCAUCUUCAUCUUUUACUAUGUGGUAGAGGAGAUACUGGAGCUCCACAUCCACCAGUUUCGUUACCUCAGAAGCAUCUGGAACAUUCUGGACCUGGUGGUCAUCUUGCUCUCUAUUGUGGCUGUGGGCUUCCACAUAUUCCGAACCCUUGAGGUGAACCGGCUGAUGGGGAAGCUCCUGCAGCAGCCAAACACGUAUGCUGACUUCGAGUUCCUCGCCUUCUGGCAGACACAGUACAACAACAUGAAUGCUGUGAACCUUUUCUUUGCCUGGAUCAAGAUAUUCAAGUACAUCAGCUUCAACAAAACCAUGACUCAGCUCUCCUCCACGCUGGCCCGCUGUGCCAAGGACAUCCUGGGUUUUGCUGUCAUGUUCUUCAUUGUUUUCUUCGCCUAUGCCCAACUCGGCUACCUGCUUUUUGGGACCCAAGUGGAAAACUUCAGCACUUUCAUCAAGUGCAUUUUCACUCAGUUCCGGAUCAUCCUUGGGGACUUUGACUACAACGCUAUUGACAAUGCCAACCGCAUCCUGGGACCUGCCUACUUUGUCACCUAUGUCUUCUUUGUCUUCUUCGUGCUCCUGAACAUGUUCCUGGCCAUCAUCAAUGAUACAUAUUCAGAGGUCAAGGAAGAGUUAGCUGGACAGAAGGAUGAGCUGCAACUUUCUGACCUCCUGAAACAGGGCUACAACAAGACCCUACUGAGGCUGCGUUUGAGGAAGGAGCGAGUUUCAGAUGUACAGAAGGUCCUGCAGGGUGGAGAGCAGGAGAUCCAAUUUGAGGAUUUCACCAACACCUUGAGGGAACUGGGGCACGCAGAGCAUGAGAUCACUGAGCUCACAGCCGCCUUCACCAGGUUUGACCAAGAUGGGAAUCACAUCCUGGACAAGAAAGAACAGGAACAAAUGCAACAGGACCUCGAGGAGAAGAGGGUGGCCCUCAACGCUGAGAUUGAGAACCUGGGCCGGUCCAUUGUGAGUAGCCCACCAGGCGAGUUGUGUCCAGAGGCCACCAGAGCAGGUGGCUGGGUUUCAGGAGAAGAAUUCUACACACUCACAAGGAGAGUUCUGCAUCUGGAGACUGUCCUGGAAGGAGUCAUGUCCCAGGUAGAUGCUGUGGGCUCAAAACUGAAGAUGCUGGAAAGGAAGGGGCAGCUAGCUCUCUCCCCAGGCAUGGGGGAUCAAGGCGUUUGGGAACACCUGCAGCCAGCCCCAGCUAUGACUCCAGCCCCCUGAGGAGUCCAGGGUGGGCAGGAGAGUGGUGGGGCAGGGGUUCUAAAGCAUCAGACAGCAGGCUCCUCUCUCACUGCCUCCGCAGAGACCUCCUCAGGACACAUCCUCUGCCCUGUUCCUAGGGCAGCAGUUUCCACCACUGCUCCUGCCGAGUCCACCUUGCCGCGUCCACUCCUGCCGAGUCUGGCCUUUUGAACCAGUGUUUCUGUGUAGAGCUUGCAUCAUGCCUAGGCUUGUGACUCAGUGUUUCUGUGUGCAGCCACGUAGCUCUGUGUAGCUCUGUGAAAUAACACUUCCCACUGGGCCUCUUACUUCCUGUGCUCCUAGCUCUGUGUGAUGGAAAAAAAAAAAAAGGCAAUAAUGAAAGGAAGGUGAUGUUCCCUAAGUACCUGGCACCUGGAUAGCCACAAUUUGGGGAAAAAAUAGAAGGGAGCAGCAUUAUCUGAAUGUCUUCGUAUUUGCCAGUGAAUCUUAUCCUUUGUGCAUCUAGAGAUCUGAGGCUAGCACCCAUAGGAUUCUUGUCUUCUCCAUAGUUUCCAGGAGAAAGAGAAGGGGAAGCCGUGGAAGAGAGGAGACUUUCUCAGGUAUGGAGAUUACAAUGUUACAGAGGAGUUGGAGUGACCCCUCCUCUCAGGGCAAAGUCCAUGAAGGCGCCUGCUCCCAACAUUCCACUAAACACUGGGAACUGAGGGGGCUGUAAACCGGGACGAAGAUGGAACCUAAGGAGAAUCAGACAAAGAAAUGACCUCCGGAUUCAGAGAUCUUUGGACUAAAAUGUGGUGGGCUCUGAUUCUAUUCUUGUAAAGAACAAUAUGGGUUUCUCUG